ACAACUAUCGCUUAAGAACAAUUCUGACAGCUAAUCUCUACAAAGUUUCAGAGUUGCUUUGGCUGGUGUUUUCCGAUAUCUCAUCGCGUACAUAAAUUAAUAAAAAUGCAAUCAAAUAAAUACAACGAUUUGCUGGACCGACUAGAAAAUGAGGAAUUGGAGCAAGUCGAGCUGGGAGCUGAAGUCUAUCAACAACUGCUGGCGAUUUAUCUCUACCAAAACAAACUUGCCAAUGCCAAAUUGUUGUGGAUGCGUAUACCAGACAAGUUGAAGGAGGACAAAGAGCUGCUACAUUUAAAUCAGCUAAAUCUUGCCCUGCAGAACAAUAACUUUGCCGAAUUCUUUCAAAAGAUCAGGUACGAUUGGUCCGAGUGCGUCAAGCCAGCCAUGGAGGAUCUCUUGGUGAAACAGCGGGAGGAUCUCUUCUUGCUGACCGGAAACGCCUAUGUUUCCAUCUACCAGAACAAUCUGCUUAAAAUGGCACAAAUGACUGAGGAUGAGCUGAAAAAUGCCGGCGAAGCCUUAGAUUGGACCCGGGAACAGGAUGGAGAUGAUGUUAUCUGGCUGCCCAAGGCCAAGGAAAUUCCGCCCACAGGCGGCAACGAUGAUCAGUUGCUCAAAUUAACCGAGUUUGUAACAUUCUUAGAGAAUUAAAUGAAUAAAAUUCACUCCCAAAUUA